AUGGGUGGCCUCAAGGAUGUUGCCUAUUUCAUGUUCCACCCGAAUCAGCUCCGGGCGAUAAUACAAUGGAAGGUCUGGCACGAACCCGUCCACGAGCGCGAUCCCUCCAAGGAGUCCCCGACCUUACGAGCAUGUUUCGUUCACCUCAACAACACAAGCCGCAGCUUCUCCACCGUCAUACAGGAGCUGAACCACGACAUGCUGAUCCCCAUCGCACUCUUCUAUCUCGUAUUAAGGGGCUUGGACACCAUCGAGGACGACAUGACCAUUGCCGUCAAGGAGAAGGAGCCUUUGCUACGCGAUUUCUACAAGUCCAUGAAAAUAGAUGGGUGGACCUUUGACAAAAACGGGCCCAAUGAGAAGGACCGCGAGCUGCUUGUCCACUUCGACGACGUCGUCACCGAGCUGAAGAAGCUGAAAAAGAACUACUACGACAUCAUCGAGGACAUUACCAUCAAGAUGGGCAAUGGCAUGGCCGACUACGUCCUGAACGCUGAGUUCCAGGACGGAGUCAAGACUGUCGUCCAAUACGAGGAAUACUGCCACUACGUCGCCGGCUUGGUUGGUGAGGGCCUGACCCGCCUUUUCGUCGAGGGCGGCUACGCGAACCCUGCCCUGCUCGAGCGGAUGGAGCUCACCGAGAGUAUGGGCCAGUUCUUGCAGAAGGUCAAUAUUAUCCGCGACGUACACGAAGACUUCGAAGAUGCGCGACGGUUUUGGCCCAGUGAGAUCUGGAGCAAGUACGUCGACAAAUGGGAGGAUCUCUUCGACCCAAAGUAUCGUACGCAAGCCUUGUACUGCAGUUCCGAGAUGGUUCUCAACGCUUUGAAGCAUGCCGACGAGUGCUUGUUCUACAUGGCCGGCAUAAAGGAACAAAGUGUGUUCAAUUUCGUCGCCAUCCCGCAGACCAUGGCUAUAGCAUCUCUCGAUCUUGUGUUCCAGAACCCCAGGAUCUUCUACAGCCAUAUCAAGAUCACAAAAGGUGACGCUUGUCACCUGAUGCUGCAGUCGACGCAGAACCUGUCGGUAGUUUGCGAUCUGUUCAGGAAAUACGCAAGGAGGAUAGCGAGAAAGAACGACCCACGGGAUCCUCACUACCUAGAAAUCAGCGUGGCGUGUGGAAAGAUCGAGCAAUUCAUCGAGACCCUCUUCCCCACCCAGAACAUCAAGAGGAUACAAGCUGAACAAGAGAGAGCCGCGAAUGCACAGGAAGAUCGGACUGAAUACUGGGAGUCCCUUAUGUUGGUUCUGGCUGUGGUGCUCGCUCUCCUUCUUGUCUCUGGGCUCAUGCUUGGCGUGGCAUGGCUGAUGGGCGCGAGAUUCGAUGUGCUCUACGACGGAGCCGCCAGAUCGAGUCUGAAGAGCAUCCAAGACGCCGCCAAGGCGACUGCCACAUCGAUAUCUCACGAGGAGUUAUAG